ACACCCUCGCCGCCCUGUUUAUUGUGGGCAGGCGUUUGCGGUGGAGGACUGGACAGCCUGUUUCUUGGUGCCCAGAACUCACACAGGAGGAUGCCCCUCUUCUUUCGGAAGCGGAAAGCCAGUGAGGAGGCUCGCAAACGCCUGGAGUACCAGAUGUGUCUGGCAAAAGAAGCUGGGGCAGAUGACAUUCUUGACAUCUCUAAAUGUGAACUCUCCGAGAUUCCGUUUGGGGCUUUCUCAACGUGCAAAGUUCUGCAGAAAAAGGUUUUGAUCGUGCAUACCAACCAUCUCACCUCCCUGCUUCCCAAAUCUUGCAGCCUCUUGAGCCUUGCCACCAUCAAGGUUCUGGAUCUCCAUGACAACCAGCUGACAGCCCUUCCUGAUGACAUAGGGCAGCUGACAGCCCUGCAGGUAUUGAAUGUGGAAAGGAAUCAACUGACACAUCUCCCACACUCCAUUGGGAACCUGCUUCAGCUUCAGACCCUCAAUGUGAAAGACAACAAGCUGAAGGAGCUUCCUGACACCCUGGGAGAGCUGCGAAGCCUGCGUACCCUCGACAUCAGUGAAAACGAAGUUCGGAGACUGCCGCAGAUGCUGGCUCACGUGCGGACCCUGGAGACGCUGAGCCUCGACGCCUUGUCCAUGGUCUACCCUCCACCAGAGGUGUGUGGUGCUGGCACCGAGGCCGUGCAGCAGUUCCUUUGCAAAGAGUCAGGACUGGAGUACUACCCUCCUUCUCAGUACUUACUGCCAGUCCUGGAGCAAGAAGGAGCUGAGAACUCCCAGGACAGCCCCGAUGGACCCAUAAACAGGUUGUCCAGGGAGGAGGCUGAAUGGCAGAACCGGUUCUAUGACUACGAGAAGCGAAAGGAGCAGAAGAUGCUAGAGAAGCUUGAGUUUGAGCGGCGUCUGGACCUUGGGCAGCGAGAGCAUGCUGAGCUGCUGCAGCAGAGUCACAGUCAGAAGGAUGCGAUCCUGCAGUCCGUCAAGCAGGAGCAGACACGGCUAGAGCAGGGUCUGAGUGAGCGCCAGCGCUGUCUGGAUGCAGAACGGCAGCAGCUGCAGGAGCAGCUGAAGCAGACUGAGCAGAGCAUUGCCAGCCGCAUCCAGAGACUCCUGAAGGACAAUCAGAGGCAGAAGAAGAGUUCUGAGAUACUAAAAUCACUGGAGAAUGAGAGAAUAAGAAUGGAACAGUUGAUGUCCAUAACACAGGAGGAGACAGAGAACCUGAGGCAACGUGAGAUCGCCUCCGCCAUGCAGCAGAUGCUGACUGAGAGCUGUAAGAGCCGGCUCAUCCAGAUGGCCUACGAGUCUCAGAGGCAGAGCCUGGUCCAGCAGGCCUGUUCCAGCAUGGCUGAAAUGGACCAGCGGUUCCAGCAGAUUCUGUCAUGGCAGCAGAUGGAUCAGAGCAAAGCCAUCAGCCACAUCCUUCAGGAGAGUGUCAUGCAGAAGGCUGCAUUCGAGGCUCUCCAGGUGAAGAAAGACCUGGCACAUCGGCAGAUCAGGAACCAGAUUAGGCUAAUAGAAACUGAGUUACUGCAGCUGACACAGCUGGAAUUAAAGAGGAAGUCCCUGGACACAGAGACGCUUCAGGAGAUGGUCUCAGAGCAGCGCUGGGCACUCAGCAACCUGCUCCAGCAACUACUCAAAGAAAAGAAGCAGCGAGAAGAAGAACUCCAUGACAUCCUGGUGGAAUUAGAAGCCAAGAGCGAAACCAAGCAGGAAAAUUACUGGCUUAUUCAGUACCAACGGCUUUUGAACCAGAAGCCUUUGUCCUUGAAGCUGCAGGAAGAAGGCAUGGAGCGCCAGCUGGUGACCCUGCUGGUGGAGCUGUCUGCUGAGCACUACCUGCCCAUCUUCGCCCACCACCGCAUCUCAUUGGACAUGCUGAGCCGAAUGAGCCCUGGAGACCUGGCUAAGGUGGGUGUCUCAGAAGCAGGCCUGCAACAUGAUAUCCUACGGAGAGCCCGGAACCUCCUGGAUGUGGCCAGGGUUCAACCAGAGUUGAAACCAUCCAAGGAUGAGAUCCUUGGUGACCUGGAGCCCCCUGCAACCCCUCGGGAACAUCCCGAGUCAGUGAGACCAUCUGCUCCCCCAGCAGAACUAGACAUGCCAACCUCAGAGUGUGUUGUGUGCCUGGAACGUGAGGCCCAGAUGGUCUUCCUCGCCUGUGGCCAUGUCUGCUGCUGCCAGCAGUGUUGCCAGCCACUACGAACCUGCCCACUGUGCCGCCAGGAGAUCUCCCAGUGCCUCCGGAUCUACCACAGCAGCUGAAUGCUCAGCCACCUGCCAGCGCUGGCCCUUGCUUGACACCAUCUCCACCACUGCUGGGCUCCCACGCACAUAUGUUCCCCAGACUAGGGCAAGGCUGCCAUGGCCUUUGGCCACCACCUUGAGCUCUAGGCAGGCAGGUGGGGUUCCUGCUCUAUGAUACAGCUAUUCUGGACAGUGAACAGGAGAUGGGACAUAUCUGCUGGUGAUGGAGCUUGUGGCAUAGGGACAGGGUCCAGGAUUUGGAGGUGGCCAUGCUACCAGCACGACUCAGGAAUCCAUGUUACUAGGCAACCCUUAGCACCACAUCCUUCUGGAGGUGACCAUAUCUGUGGAGUGUACCAGCCAUCCUGGCCUAAGGUGAGGCAAUGUCCCUGGGAAGGGGUGGGUUGUGCAGAACCAUUCCCCAGCCCUCUUCUGCUGCUUUCUCAAUACACGCCCUCCCAUAUCUGCAUCCUCAGCCCACACAGGCUGGCUGAUUCAACACAGGAACACUAAUAAAUCUGAGUUCCUCCUGGAGUAAACCAUGGGUCCUUGGGAGGGAUGGAAGUGGGCUGGGUCCUAGGAGAAAGCAGCUUCUAUGGGGAAAGAGGCCAGAGCUGAGGCACCUGGGCCAAAGGGAGAGUUAGGCAAUACCCUCUUCAACAAAGGGCAAGGGCAGCAGAGCCAGGGUCGGCCUCGUUAUGCUCAUGUAAUGGGUUAUGUUCCCUGCAGUGAUAUUAACUGUGAGGUGGGCAGUCCGCCCCAUGUGACAUGACAUGUGGCCUGUAGCAUGUACUCAACAAAUACCACUUAAUGAGCUCUGGAACUAGCAUGACCAUUGACACCUAGUGCAGGCUGGAGCCCACCCUCAUGACAGGAACUCUGGAACUGAUCCCAGUCACCUGAAAGCCUCUCCCUUCUCUAUGAGCCUCAGUUUCUCCCUCUAAAAUAGGGCAUUAUAAAAACAGGUUAGAGUCAGGUGGUGGUACACGCCUUAAUCCCAGCAGAGACAGGCAGAUCUCUGAGUUCAAAGCCAGCCUGGUCUACACAGUAAGUUCCAGGACAGCCAGGGCUACAGAGAAACCCAGCCUUUAAAAAAAAAAAAAAAGGAGCGAGAACUCAGAAAGCUAUUGGCAUUUCAAAGUUUGGAUUCCCACACUCACAUAAAAGACCAGCCAUGAUGGCACAUGCAUACAAUCACAGUACAGAGGAAGCUAUAGCAGUUCCCAGGGCUCACCGGACAUCCAGGCUAUCCUAAUUGGUGAGUUCCAGGCUAAUGAGAGACCUUGUCUCAAAACACAAGAUGGAGUGACACCUAAGAGUCUUUGGCUUCCACGCCCACAUGUAAGUUCACACCUGCACACACAGGGACCUAGUAGCUCAUAUGAGUCCAAGAAAGCUGAGGUGAAUGAGGUCCUAGACACCCUAGGCCCAGGCCUCUUAGACCCCACCAGGACAUAAGCUGAGCUUUAAAUAAAGCAUUUAUUCAUGAGCAGAAGCUUA